CUAGAGAGUUUCGACAGAGCUUUGCCUUAGAGGAUGUGAAACUACACUAACCUCAUGUGACAAGGAAUCCUUGGAGGCCUUGGUGUGAAGCCAGGGGAAAAAGUUUGAUGCAGCUUCUGGUUACAGCUCCGAAUGAGAACUCACUGGCCCUAGGUGACUUAUGACUGUCUCCCCAUCUGUAGAGUGAAGAUAAUAAUAUUAUCCACCCUCUGACCACACACGGUGUAUUGGAUAAUGAUGCAAAAGCAGUUUUGCAAGAUAUUAGUCUUCGAAGGAAGAAGACUUUCAAAUAGUUUCUAGCUACAACUUGAUUGGCCUAAAGGGGAGAAGAAAAAGCCUGAGCAGAGUUGAAGGAGGAAACUGAAAAAUACUUCCAACAACUACCCCUAGUUCUCAAGGUGAAGAGACAACUCUGUCCCUUGGAAAAGAGGGAUGUUUAUCGAAGAGUCAACUCAGAGACGUUGUGGCCUUAGGCGUGGAAUACCUUAUCCUGCUCUCCAAAGCACUUCCCUGCAGGCACUAAACUGGAGGAAAUUCCUUCCAGAGCUCAAGCCCAGAAGGCUGACAAUGCUGUUGAUGGCAGUAUACUGACUAAACCAAAAUUAUACACAGAAGAAUCAUGGCCACUGUGUCUGGAGGCCUAAGAGAGCUUCCCCCCCGCCAACUUCCUUUGUAAUUUUAUAAUCUUGAGCAGAUCAUCUUCCCUCAGAAUCUUGAAUUCAUCAUUGGUAGAAGUAAAUAUGGUCAGCACAACCUUAGCCAUAGCAAUGUGCUUCUGAAGAGUAGGUCCAGCUGUGUUAAACGAUACACUGGUGCUUUACGGGGCCACGGCAGAUUAGACCAUGCAGAGUUGACCGGCCUGGGAUGAACUGAGACAGGAGUUCUCCUGCUAAGAGAGGAGCAGAAUACUCAGGACCCAUGUUACAGGAUCCAGAAGAGAAAGGCUACACUGUGCUUUGCUUUGUGUUCCUUGGGGCAGUGGCCUGAAGAAGAUAAGAGGCUGUGGAGGAGCGCUGUGCAGCCCACAGCGUACAUGGGAUUCCCUUGAGCCACUCCCUCCCACCCUCCAGUCAUAUGCUGUUUUCAGACAAUCUGUCCUUCAUUCAUUCAUUCAUUCAGUGCCCAUUUGUUGAGCACCCACGAUGCUAGAGGUAAAAAUAACAGGCACAGUCCCUGUCCUCAUGGGGCUCCUAACCUAGUGAAGAACAGAGUGACAAGUGUCCUGAUGGAAUCACGGUGAGACCUGGAGUAACUGAAAGGACUUUCAUCAUGAUGCCUUGCUUCAGGCCUCAACAUUCAAGGUCCUGGCACCUUCUAUUGACUUGACUUUUCUUCCUGGACUGCCUUCUGCUACACAUAUCAUGAGAACCAUGGCCCAAGAUACAAGAAAGCAUCACACAGCUCUCUCCUAGUUCAAACAUUGGCAUGAUGUCAGGAAAGCAACAACCAAAGAGGCAGCAAAGAUGAAGACAAAGCCAAGACUCCAAGCAAAGUGAACAGGAAGAUCCAUUUAUGGGCCUCUCAAGAGAGUGAAUGCUACUUAAGAGGGGGAGACUGCCUGCAGGGCUUACCGCUGUGCCCUCCAUGCCUACCUUGCUGCCUAGCUCAUAGUAGGAGCCCAAGGAAUGCUUCGAGAAGGAAAUGAAGAACCAGAAGUCAGAGCAUCUUGACUUGCAGAAGAAGGAAGAUGCCUUAUUCAGAUAAUUCAGAGAAAACUUCACUUUGGCAUAGACAAAAGGAAAGGCCCUGUGAGAACACGGUGAGAAGGCAGCCAUCUACAAACGAGGAAGAAAGCCCUCACCAGACCCUGCUAGAACCUUGAUUUGAACUUUCCAGCGUCUAGAACUGAUGUUGUGAUUAAAUUUGAACCUGACACAUCAUAUUUCCCUGAGCAUCAAGAUGACAUUGCAUCAGCCAGAGAUGGAUGUGAAGAUUACUGUGGAGUCAGUGAGGCGCCGGAGUGUGGAAACAAGAGUGAGCUCCAGACUCCGACAGACCUGGGAAACCUGGAUGCUUUUUGCCAUUCUGAUGAUAAAUGAUGAGACAGGCAACCAUGGAUUUCAGCACUCCAUCCGUGUUUGAUCAGCAAAAAGGUGACUCAUCUGAGGAAGUCGACCUGACCAUGGUUUAUCAGGCAGCUUCUAACGGAGAUGUCAAUGCUCUGACUUCAGUAAUUCGGGAAGACCCUUCCAUCCUAGAAUGCUGUGACAGUGAAGGAUGUACACCCUUGAUGCAUGCAGUUUCUGGACGUCAAGUGGACACAGUGAAGCUAUUGUUGAAGAUGGGGGCCAAUAUUAACAUGCAGGAUGCUUAUGGUCGCACAAGUCUGUGCCUGGCAACCUAUCUGGGUUGGCUGGAAGGCUGUGUGAGUCUGCUUAGAAAUGGUGCCAAGCACAAUAUCCCAGAUAAAAAUGGCCGUCUGCCACUGCACGCUGCCACUGCUGAGCCCGACGUGAGGCUCCUAACAGUCUUGGUGCAACAGUCAAAUCUCAGUGAGAUUAAUCACCAGGACAAUGAGGGAAUGACACCACUCCACUGGGCAGCUUUCCACAACCGGCCUCAACACACUCAAAUGCUGCUGAAAAAGGGAGCAGACCCUACUCUUGUGGAUAAAGACUUUAAAACAGCUCUCCACUGGGCAGUCCAGAGUGGAAACAGAACCCUGUGUUCCAUCAUCCUGAGCCACCACCAGGGUCCGUCCAUCAUCAACUACGACGACGAGAGUGGGAAGACGUGCGCGCACAUUGCCGCAGCCGCGGGCUUCAGUGACAUCAUUAAUGAGCUGGCCAGCGUACCUGAGUGUAACCUGCAGGCUCUGGAUGUGGACGACAGGACCCCGCUGCACUGGGCUGCAGCUGCAGGGAAGGCAGACUGUGUCCAGUCACUGCUGGAGCUGGGGAUGGACAGCAACCUGCGAGACACCAAGGAGAGCACGCCCCUGGCCUACGCCCUGUACUGCGGCCAUGCAGCCUGCAUCCGACUCCUCUCCCAGGAGAGCAGAACAGAGCCUACUCGACUCCUUCCUUCCCAGAACAAUAGACCCCAGAGGAAGGAGGGACGAUUCAGCAUGCUCAACCAAAUCUUCUGCAAAAACAAAAAAGAAGAGCAGAGGGCCUAUCACAAGGAUCACAGCAGGGACCGACACAGGGGGGAGCACACCUCGGAAGUCGAUGACAUCAUCACCACCUUCGACAGCAUCCCGGAGACCAACUGCCAAGAAGAGCCUGGUGAUCAGGUGGCUAUGAUCGACUUUAAGAAGCGGACCUCGGAGAAUUCAAAGUAUCUCUUGCCAGAAAAGAAGCCUCUGGCCCAUAAGGGGCUUCCACCAAUCAGGACGCAGAGUCUCCCACCCAUCACCCUGGGCAAUAACUUCCUGAUGGCUUCCCAGGGGGCCACUUCCCAAGCUGGCCUGAGCUCCAGUACUCAUCAGAUGGCCCAGCGAUCUCAGAAAAGCCGAAGUGAGCAGGACUUACUGCACAACAGAACUGGCUGCCAGACAUUGCUAGAUAACCCCUGGAGAGGUGAUUCUAACCAGGUGUUCUGUAAGGCUUGGACUGUGUCUUCUUCUGAUAAGCUGCUGGACAGAUUGCUCACCAGCAGGUCUGGUCACCAGGAGGUCUUGGGGCUGCCCCAUCUUCCUCACCUACACAAUCCUUCAUCAGGACAAAAUUUUCAGCAUUUCUCCCCAAACAGAGCCCAGAUCAGGGACCUUCCUAUCACUCGGAACAACCUAGCUCCCCUGCCAGACCAAAAAUUUCUAUCUGGAGGACCUCUGCGGACCAACCGAGUGCUUCCUGCUAUUCCAAGCCAACGUGGACACAACACAGCAGCCGAAGACAGUGAAAACCUGGCCAAUUCCGCCACUGAUGAAAAUUAACUGUGGGUCCCUGGUUGUAAAAAUAGAGAUUAUAUAUAUUUUCAACUGUCAAAGGAAGAGAUUACUCUAGUUUGUGAGAACAAAGACUGAUUUAGUAAAUUGCGUUCUAGAAGCCAUUCACAGUUUUAUAACAUUCCAGUGAUAUUUCCCAAAUAAGCGCUUGGAAUCUUUGAUUGUAUAUAUAUUUUAAGUCUGUGAGUUUCUGUGAUGUCUCCAUGCCAAAAUAAAAAGUCACAAUAUGUUAUCA